AUGAGAGGAAGGAUUUGGGCAGUUUUGUUCGUGAUUUUUGGAAUUUUGGGGAAUAGUUUUUGCCAAAAUGGCGGAACUAGGUUUAGAGGAACCUUGUCGAGUGACAAUCUCAGAACAGGAGAGAUUAAUGCAGAUAGUAUAAAUGUUACAGACAGCAUUAGUUGCACAGAGGUUGAAACAGAGGACCUUGUUGCAGAAACUGUCCAUGCGUCGAGAAUACAAGGUAGUAGAAAUGGAGACCCUAUCAUCUUGAAUGGUGAAGUUAUUAUAACUAACUAGCUUUUGUGCAAUGUAAAGCUAACAUUGUAUG